GCUGAUAGAAAGAGGGGGAAACCGCCGUAUUCUUAUAUUUCGUUGAUAGUUCUGGCCAUUUUGGAGUCGCCUAAUCGACGUCAAACGUUACGCGGCAUUAUCGAGUAUAUCCAAAAACGGUUUCCGGCAUAUGAUGGUGACAAUUGCCCCGCAAAAGGAUGGAAAAACUCGAUCCGUCACAACCUUUCAUUAAACGACUGUUUUGAGAAGACCUACCGAGAUCCAAACAACCCCAGUAACGGACAUUAUUGGUGUCUUCAUCCCCGCAGCGAGCACAUGUUUGAAGGAGGCAGUUUUAUGAGACGAAAGAAGCGUUUCAGAAAGGACUCCGAUCGAUUUAAAGAAAGUGUUCCGACACCACAUUGUGAUGCACCCAAUACCUUGACUUAUGACUUCAAUUUGACGCCCCUUCGUGACGUC